AUGAAGUCAUUCCCUGACCCACGACGCAAUUCUUCUCCCACCCACCCCCUCCCCCAAAUAAAGAGAGCUCAAAACAGAGCAGCCCUCGGGUAUCCCCUUCUCCUCUACCUCCGGCGGCUGCCGCUGUCUCCUCCCUCCGGCUCCGAGGUGGGGACUCCAGAAGGUCCCGGGCAAUUCCGAGCCCGGGCGGUGCUUGUUUUGCCUGUGCACGGUAGCUCCGGCCAGCCGCUUCCUUCCCCAGUCUGCACGAACUGGAGCGCUACAGGGAUCCCGGGGGCCAAGGAGGGAGCCCGGGUGGCGACGCCGCCGCGGCCGCCGCCUCUGAAACCCGGGGCCGACACGGGGGCUCCUCGGACCGCGCAGUGUGCGUGUCAACAGCCGCGGGAGCCCUUCCUCCAGACCGCCGGGAAGGGCGGGCUGCCGGCAGAGCGCCGGCCCCGCUGGGUGACAGCCGCCCUCCCGAGUGCCGGCGGGAAGGGGCCGAGCCCGGAGGAUCCUCCCUCCCCCUGCGGCCCAGGGAUGCGGCGCGGCGUCCCCCAGACUGCAGGUUCCCGCUCUCCGCCACUACCCACUAGCCCGGGCUCCCGGAGGGGGCGGUCCGGCGCCCUCCGCCCGCGCCACCACCCGCAGCGUCCCCUUUCCCGCCCGCCUGCCCAGAGGCCCCCACCCCGGGGGCUGACACUCACCAAAGCCGGCGGCGCCGCCGCCUCCUUCUCACGCCGCGAUCUCUGGGCUCCCCGCAGCCGCGGCGGCGGCGGCGCCUCCAAGACACAGACCCGGGUUUGUUCAAAAUCACGCGCCCAGCGCCAUUCCACCGCCGCAUCCCAUAAUACGCUGGGCCCUCCCCUCCCGCGCGCCCCUCUCCGCCCGCCCCUCCACUCUGCCCGCCCCGCCUCCACGGCUUCCUUCUCCCCGCCCUUUCCGCGGCGCCUUGCCCCGCCCCUUGGCAACCCUAGCUAG